GAGAAGUUCUUACAAGUCUGAGCAGAAACACAAAAACAACAGGAAGAACUUUCUCCUCUCAAUUUCUUCCAGGGAAGCUUUCUUUUGAUUGCUCUCUUUCUCGUGGACUGUUAUUUCUUUAUUGGUGAUCUGGAGGACAAGGCUAGAAGAUAAAGACAUCACUCUUGCGAGACAGAAGCUCUGUUGUUAAAUAAAGAAGACAGAUUUACUGAACUUUUUGUUUAAAGAUGGAAGAUAUUGAAAAUUACACCAGUUUACAAGAGUUCACAGAGGAUAUCUCUCAUAGUGGAAACAGACCUAUACUCACGUCGCAGGGCAAACAAGGUGUUCACAAAGGGACGCAGUGUUUGAGGGGACAGACUUCUCUUGUACUGCUCAUUGCUCUGCUGACCUCAGUUUGUGCAAACAUAGUACUUGGCGUUCUCUUGGUAAACAGUCGCAGAUCAUCGGUCGCUGUACAGCCAGUCAAGAGUGAUGAGCCUGAGUCUGAGCCUCUAACUCUCAAACUCACCGCCAUGCAGGAGCGUUUCUCCCGCCUUUGCUCUGAAUACACAACCCUUGGACAGACUUGUUCAAAACCGGUGAUCAAAUGUAGGCCAUGCCCAGAAAACUGGCUGCAUUUAGAGGAGAGGUGUUAUUUCUUUAGUGAUGAUAAACUUGACUGGCAGCACAGUAAAGAGAGCUGCGCGUCUAUGGGCGGCCAUCUGACUAUACUGCACAGCCAUCAACAACAUCACACACUUGAGAGUGUUGCACGCAAUCGUGGUGGACUCGACUAUCAUUACUGGAUUGGUUUAUCAGACAUCGAGACUGAGGGAGUGUGGAAAUGGGUGGACAAUACGGUGGUUAAUACAACGUUCUGGAGUGAAUGGGAUAAAGAGCCCAAUAACCACCAGUCAGGUGGGAUUCAUGGAGAAGACUGCGCAGUGCUGGACUCACGGUCUAAAACAUGGUUUGACGUGCCCUGUGAUUUCAAUUACAAACGAAUAUGCGAGAUGGAUCCCAUCACCAUUAAAGUUUGAUGUGAAGAGAAAAUGUAUAAAAAUGUGUGUCUAUUUUUCUAUUCUUCUUUCUUUUUAAUAAAAGUGAAAUUCUCAUCUUCGA